AUUUUCCGCUAACGUCUGACGUUUACCUUAAAGCGAAAGGGAAUUCUGAGUUGUUCGUGGUGGUCACGAUGAUGUUGACACACUAUUUAUAGUUGGCAGAGGUUUGCUGCUGUCACCAAGGCAGGUUCUCGCAUCUAGAAAUAAAUUAUGGGACUUCUGCAGCAACUGUAUCUGCUCUGUUGGAAGAAUUUCACCCUCCGCCGACGCCACAAGAUUCAACAAAUUAUAGAAUUGGUAUGGCCACUUCUGAUAUUUUUAAUUCUGGUCUGGGUCAGAGGUCGUCAACCACCAGAACACAUGCAUGCAUGUCAUUAUAACGGCAAAGCAUUGCCAUCAGCGGGUCUCAUGCCAUUUUUCCAGUCAUUGAUGUGCUAUGGUGGUAAUGAGUGUCAUCGUAAUCCAGUUACAAGUGAAACAUCAGGAGUUGUGGAUUCAUUCAAUACGUCUACCUUGUCUGGGUUAUAUGGAAUGCUACAAAACAUUGCAUCUAACCAAACAUUGAUGAUGGAAUUGAUAUCAAUCUGGAAUAUGACACAACCACUGCCUGAUGGUUUCCCACUUGGUGAUAUUUUAUCAAAUCCUGACACACUUAAUCAGAUACAGUUAUCACCAGAUGCAGUUGAUGCAAUCAACAAUGCUGACUUGACACCAGAACAGUUUCAAGAUGCACUCAAUGGUCAGGACUGGAGAAGCGCCCUCUGUGGUGACACUGCUCUAUUAGGAGACCUGUUGUCCAUGGAUAAUGAUGUAUUAUUACAAGAAAUACAAUCUGAGAUUUGCAAUUUAAACUCAUUGGAUUUACUGUUAGCGGCAAUGAGAUUACAAGGACUAAAUAAUCAAGAAGCAUAUCAACAGAUUUUGUCUGCUAUUACAGGGGGUAGUGACAUGGGUGACACACUGGGUGACAUCACAGAGGGAUUGCCAUUGGCUGAUUUACUAUUAGAUAGUGGUGCUGUCCGUACUUUUCUGGAACAGAAUGUCAGUCUUUCUGAGAAUGCAACAGAUAUCUUACUGAACUCUCCACUAACACCAAACCAGUUGUCAUCGCUGUUAGCUCAAGACAAUAUGCGUGAUAUUGUAUGUAAUACAACAUCACUUGAACAAUACCUAGAUGUAUCGGACCCUGUGACCUUACGUGAACUUAGCGAUCAACUAUGUCAGUUGUCAGACCAGCAGCUAAAUGAUUUGGUCGAUGAACUCUCAGAUCAAUUCAGAAUUAAUGAGAAUGGUACAGCGUUCUUUCGUGAAUUACAGAAGAGAUUGGAACUGUUAAAUGACGAG